AUGGAAAUAGAUGGCCUCAAACCACUAACCAAAGAAGCAACAGUGGAGUUUGAAGACGGGAGCGAGGCCCUGGUAACCCUGGAGUACCACAAGCUAGAGAAACAUUGCUCUCACUGCUUCAAACUGUCACACGAAGUGGAACUUUGCCCAACAGCUCCACGCCACCACCAAACCCACUAUCCAAAGAAAAAUGCUACCACAAGACAAGCAAACCACCUAAAACCUCCCUACUUCUCAACACCAAAUCCUAAUUCUCUCGCUCAUAACCGCCACAAAGAGGGAGAUAGCGUCGGAGAAGCUACCUCGAGAAGAACACGAGGAGCUGACACAACUCCUGAUUCUCAAACUCGAUGA